CUCCCACCGCCCGCCGCCGCUGCUGYCGCCGCUGCUCUCGCUCCCAGCGCCCGCUCCCGCCGCUCCGAGCCGCCCGCAGCCGCCGCCGGCGGGGCCGCGCUCCAUGGCGACCCCCAGCCCCUGCAUCGUGAUUGGCGAUGAUGAACAAGGUUACGACCUGGAUUUGUUCUGUAUACCUAAACAUUAUGCAGAUGAUUUGGAAAAAGUCUAUAUUCCUCAUGGACUCAUCAUGGACAGGACGGAGAGACUGGCACGAGAAAUUAUGAAGGGCAUGGGAGGACACCACAUUGUGGCACUUUGUGUACUCAAGGGUGGCUAUAAAUUUUUUGCUGAUUUAUUAGACUACAUCAAAGCUCUGAACAGAAACAGUGACAAAUCAAUCCCCAUGACAGUCGACUUUAUUAGGUUGAAGAGUUACUGUAAUGAUCAGUCAACUGGAGAUAUCAAAGUCAUUGGGGGAGAUGACCUCUCAACCUUGACUGGAAAGAAUGUUUUGAUCGUAGAGGAUAUAAUUGAUACUGGUAAAACAAUGAAAACGUUGCUGUCUCUACUUAAGCAGUACAAUCCAAAGAUGGUGAAAGUAGCCAGUUUGUUGGUAAAAAGAACUCCUCGAAGCGUGGGAUAUCGGCCGGACUUUGUUGGAUUUGAAGUGCCAGACAAAUUUGUUGUGGGAUACGCCCUAGAUUACAAUGAAUACUUUAGAGAUUUGAACCAUAUCUGUGUGAUCAGCGAGACGGGGAAGCAGAAGUACAAAGCAUGAAAGCAGAGUUCAAGUGCUGUGACAACAGAGCUUUGAAAUGUUUUGUUUACUGAGUCCUAUCUUUCACAGGCUUCAGCUCUGGUACACCAGCUACACUUGUAGGAUGCCCCAGCCCCGUUGCCAUAUGCUUACUGUAAUUUAUUGCAUGUACAAUAUAAGAGCYCGUCUUGUUCAUUUAUAUUUUAGAUUUGUAAACAAUUAGUGCAAUUCUGCACUCCUUAUUUUGAUUUGCACUAUGACUCUACCGACUAUCGCUGCCCCUGGUUGGGUUGUGCUGUUUGUGAGCUCCAGAGUCUAACUCUUGCAGUGGUAAAUUGCUUAAACCUCAUCAACCCAGAACUGAAAUAGUUCAAGUACUGUAAAUGUAAAACGCUAUGAUAGGGAAGUCUAUUAGUAAUAUUUUUAAAAUCUGUAAUUUAAGUUUUAUAUUUUAAUGCACAGAUGUGAUUGUGAUUAAUUGAUAGUUGCACCUUUGGGUGUUUUAAAGCAUGAGGAGCAGCCAGUUACAGUAUCUGUAAUCUCCAAGGAGCUCAUCCGAAUCUCCUGGAGUUGCCUUAUUGCUGUAAAGAAAGUCUGGGUGUACAGUGUGGUUUUUUUCUUUUUUUUUUUAAAGAUGAAAUGACAAAACAGAAUGUUUAAAAUCUAGUUUUAGUUGAGCUGCCUAUUUCUGUUAAUUUUUUUUCUUUAAAAAUAUCCAUCAGUCUGUGGAAUUGCCUUUUAAAUUUAAACAAUUUUAAUAUAUUUGUGGGAAAAAAAGUAUUGUAAUGUUUACUUUAUAAGAUCUACAAAGCAAAGUWCUUUAAAUAAAGGCUGUCUCUUUAAAAUAAGCCCCACACAUCUAUCCCACUCAUUCUGUAUAUUAAAGUGCUCUUGAAAUUUUCUUCUCAAUAAUAUUUUUUCUGUUUGUGAAAGUGAAAGCAGACUCUACAUCUGUUACCUUUGUGGGGUUUUUGGUUAAUGUAAUCCUAAGAGAGAAGUGAUAAAAGUGCUGUGAGAAGAUACUAAAACAAUUGCAUAUUCUCUAACAAAACCAAAUUCCAGAGAAAGCAGUUUAAGCACUGUUUGUUCUGUCYUGGCAAAAAUGAAGAGUGGAGGUUCUAAGCUCAUUAAACAUAUCCAUGUGGGGGGAAAAAAACGAUUUUGAAGUUAUCAUUUUGGUUUGUUUCAUUAGCACUUGUGUUCAUGUAGAGUCCAGUUCUGAACGUGGC